AUGUCUGAUACAGAUAAUAAUAAUAAUAUCAAAUCAAUGUCAUGCAUUGAACACAAUAAAUCAUUUAAAGUGAUUUGUUACACUUGCAAUAGAUUAUUGUGUUUAAGAUGUUCAUUCAACCAUAGCAAAGAUCAACCAGAUCAUUAUAAACAUUCUGAACACAUCGAUGACAUUAAACAAUCAUUGAAAAACAUAAUUAGUGAUAAUAUCGAUAUUAGUAGUAGUGACAACAGUGAUAAUAGUUGUGAUAGUAAAAGACAAUAUGCAACAUUCAUUGAAUCAAGAAUCGAUUCAAUAUGGAAAUCAUUAAAGUCGUCAUCAGAAAGAUAUCAAACAUUAACUACAAAAGAGAAUCAGAUAAAACAACAUUUUGAACAGCUUCACCAACAUCUUAUCACUGAAGAGCAUAAGUUAAAGAAAGAUAUAAUCAAUGAUAUCGAUAAGAUCAUCAAUCAAAUUAAUAAAAAUAUCGAUGAAUUAAAACAUUUAAAUGAUAUUUUAAAUAUGAAUAUAAACUUGAAUAGUAGCAGUAGUAUGCACGAUAAUGACAAUAGUAAUAUCAGUAAUAAUAGUGAUUCAGUAGUUUUAGAUACAACAGAGCCAUAUUCAACAACAAGAUCGCCUAUCAAAUUAAUUUCAUCCAGUUCAUCAUUACAAUCAUUCAUCAAAGAAAAUCAACAAACUUUGUUCAACAGUCAAACGAUCAAUAUAAAAGAACAGUUAGAGCACUACAAUAACAAAUCAUCAUCAUUAGCAUUGUGGAAUAUAGCAACAUCAAAAAAUAUAAGAAAGAUUUCAAUAAUGAUAUCAACAAGUGAUAAUUUACAACCACUUUACUCAAAAGUAAAAGUAGAUAGAUCAGAUUGGAGAAGAAAUGUAUUGAGGAAUAAUCCAGAGGUAAAUAAUCUAUGUGAACGUAUAUAUCCAAUGAACAGAGGUAUCAUCUUUGACGUUCCUCAUGACCUACCAAUCGUUUUGCACACCCGAGAAGCUGCUGAACAAGCUGAUUCAGCGUUACAAUGUACCGAAAUAUUUCAAGACCGACUCGGAUCCCACAGGAGAGUUUGCCACCAAGGCGAUUCAGCUCAAGGUGGUCAACGUGCUCAAGAAGUGGCUCGACGAAUACUACUCGGAUUUCGACGACAAACUGAUCCAGGCGUUGCGUGCAUUCAUCGAGCAAAUCCAGAUCAAGCAUCCCGGUCCAUCGGCAGCGCUGCUCAAGUCGCUCACCAAGGUCGAGAAGCCCAUAGCAUCGAAACCGAUUUUCAACGAUAA